UAUGGCAUCAAGAUUCACAUCUCACAUUCAACGUCAAAAUUUCUCAAAAAAAAAUGAGCUUAAUAACAAAAGUUCUGAGUCUCCCCGUGCAGUUCCCUUUAAUCCGAGGCAUGGUGUCAUAUGCCAUAAUAUGGCCGACUUGUAGCAUCGCCCAGGACUACAUAGCUAAUGGUACGACCAUACAAAACGCUGACUGGAGCAGAGCUGCUAGAUAUGGCUUUUUCGGCACAUUCUGUAUGGCUCCGGUGUUCUAUGGUUGGUUGAAGUUUUCCAGCAGAUACUUUAAGAGGAAAACGCUGUAUACGGCGAUCAAAAGAGCCGUGAUUGAACAGGUAUCAUAUUCCCCAGCCGCAAUGGCCUACUUCUUUUUCGGCAUGAGUGUGCUCGAGCAAAAGUCUCUCAAAUCUUGUGUCAAUGAGGUGAGGGAGAAAUUCUGGCCGACAUACAAGAUCGGCGUCGUGUUCUGGCCGACAGCACAGACGAUUAACUUCUACUUCGUGUCAGAGAAGAACCGCAUCGUUUUCGUUAGCGCCGCUAGUUUUGUGUGGACCAUUUACUUGGCGCAUAUGAAGGCUAUGGAGACAGAAACUAAGUGAUUUAUAGUGAGAUGUGAAUC